AUGCAGGAACCGGAGAGCUGCAGCGCUUUGCAAGUCACCACGCGUGCUCCGAUGCGAACUGCAAUCUUCAUGACCACCCACUGGAGUAAGCAGCACCAGUCGUUUUUGCCAUGCUGGGAGACGGCGGUGCAGCAGUUGCCGCUUUUGCAAAAUGCCGACCUGAUUCUGUAUACGUCAGCGAACCUCAGCAAUGCUGAUAUGGAGCCCCUUCGUUUCAGAAAUUUUUUUGUCAAGCACUACAAGAAUCCAGGAUAUCAGCAGGGUGCCAUGCAAGCCGUGAUUCAUGGCUUUGGUCCAAAGGGGCACAUGGAGAAGUGGUUUGCUGGCUACGACUGGGUUGUGAGACUGAAUCCAGACGUGUUGAUUCUUCAGGAUCAGUGGCUCCGUGAGACCAUGGAGAACGCUUCGGUCGACGGCAUUUUCGGGGAGUGCAAAGGUGGGCUGAUCCAGACUGAUUUUUUUGCAGUCCGCCCACAGGCCGUGGAUUACACAAGGAUGGACAUGUGCCAGCAGUGGCCAUAUGCCGAGACGCACUUCCGCUGUGUUGUCCACAACAUUCUCAAGUCCAGACGAUACACAUUGGUCAAGGGUGGACAAUCCGCGGAGUGCCACAUAGUUGGGGGAAACUCGCCAAUUGUGCACAACCACGCGUUUCUGAAGUGCUGCCCCGACUACCUGGCGAAGGCCAAAGCGGGUAAAUGCCCAACAUCUUCUGGAAAGCCAUUCAAUGAGAGCGCCGCCAGCGAAGAUCUACCACCUUUCAUGAGAGAUCUGGCCCGAAAGCGGAACAUCACCUUGUACACCAACAAUGCUCCCGCUGAUGUGGAGUUUGCUGAGGAGUCUUCGUCAAAUGCCGAGACACUGUGA